GGUCUCCUCGGUUUGAUUUCGCAUCCAGCGUGUGCUGGUGAGCAAAGCGGGAGGAGAGACUUCCCACAGUCCCACCCCCAGCGGGACUCUGCCCUCCCCUGCCUUCCUCUGCUCCCGCUGUCCCACUGCCUGCGCUCCCUCCUUGGAGCCCCGUUUGACACCGCGCACGCCGGAGGCUCCUGGAUGAGCAGGGAUCCCUGCAGGGGUGGCGUGGCCCCCCAUCCUUCCCGGCACCCCGCGCCUCUCCCUGAGCCCCACGCUGGAUCAUGCAGUGCAUCCGAAGGCAGCCCAAGCGCAGCGCAUCCCAGGAAAACAUGCUACUGGAGCAGAGCCGUAGAGUGGCCGCGUUGAAUGGCAUCAGGCUGGGCCUCAAAGAUGACAAGGAUCUGAAGUUCCUCCUGAAGGGCAGCCAGCUGCUAAAAGUGAAGUCGAGCUCCUGGAGGAAGGAGAGGUUUUAUAAGCUCCAGGAGGACUGCAAAACCAUCUGGCAAGAAUCAAAGAAGGUGCUCAGAUCUCCAGAGUCGCAGAUCUUCUCCAUUGAAGAUAUUCGGGAUGUGAGGUCAGGCCAUAAAACAGAAGGUAUGGAAAAAUACGCCAAGGAUGUCCCGGAGUAUCGCUGCUUUUCCAUCAUCUUCAAAGACCAGCGGAAAAACCUGGACCUCAUUGCGAGUUCAGAGGAUGAUGCCAACCACUGGAUCUCCGGCCUUGGGAAAAUCAUAGCCCACAGCAACUCCAUGAACCAGAAACAGAAACUCCAACACUGGAUUCACACCUGCCUGCGCAAAGCUGAUAAAAACAAAGACAACAAGAUGAGCUUGAAAGAGCUCAAAGAUUUCCUGAAAGAAGUGAACAUUGAAGUCGAUGACUAUCAUGCCAAGAAGAUUUUCCAGCACUGUGACAAGUCCAAAACAGAGGCUCUGGAGGAUGAUGAGAUAGAGGAAUUUUACAAGAUACUGACAGAGAGGAAGGAGAUAGACAACAUCUUCCAAAUGUACUCAGAUACAGAAGGGUUCAUGUCCUGCCAGAACCUCGUGAGGUUCCUCUAUGAGAUGCAGCAGGAAGAAGAUGCUGUUGUUGCUGCCCCUGCCUUAAUUCAGAAAUAUGAGCCCAAUGAAAGAGCCAAGAGGGGCAACGCCAUGACCAAGGACGGCUUCCUGAUGUACCUGCUGUCUGACGAGGGGAACAUAUUCAACCCCUCCCACCGUAAAGUGUACCAGGACAUGACCCAGCCUCUCAGUCACUACUUUGUGUCAUCCUCACACAACACCUACCUUAUGGAAGACCAGAUCACAGGUCCAAGCAGCACAGAAGCCUAUAUCAGAGCCCUCACCAAAGGCUGCCGCUGUGUGGAGCUGGAUUGCUGGGAUGGCCCCAACUCAGAGCCCAUCAUUUAUCACGGCUACACCCUCACCUCCAAGAUCCUCUUCAGCGAUGUCAUUAAGGCCAUCAAGAACUAUGCUUUCAAAACCUCACCAUACCCUGUCAUCAUCUCCCUGGAGAACCACUGCAGCGUCGACCAGCAGAAGGUCAUGGCUCAGCACAUGACGACCAUCUUCCAGGACAUGCUCUUGGUUGCCCCAGUGGAUGGGAACAAAUCGCAGUUCCCGUCCCCAGAGCAAUUGAAAGGGAAGAUCCUUGUGAAAGGCAAGAAGCUGAGCAGGCAGGAGGACCCCACAAACGGGAACAACAACCUGGAGGCUGAGGAUGUCUCUGAUGAAGAUGAAGCAGCUGAAAUUGAAGAUGAAUCUGUGAAGACUGAAGUGCAGCAGAAGGGGAAGAGUGACACUUUGAAGCUGGCCAAGGAGCUGUCAGACACAGUUGUCUACUGCAAGAGUGUCCAUUUUGAAGGCUUUGAUGACCCCAGCCAUCCUCGGGCUUUCUACGAGAUGUCGUCGUUCUCAGAGAGCAAAGCUCUGAAACUGGCCCAGGAGUCUGGAACCAAUUUUAUUCAUCACAACAUCAGGCACCUGAGCCGGAUCUACCCUGCAGGCUGGAGGACAGAUUCUUCCAACUACAACCCCGUGGACUUGUGGAAUGUUGGCUGCCAGAUUGUUGCCCUGAAUUUCCAGACAGCAGGCACAGAAAUGGAUGUCUACCAGGGUCGGUUCCAGGACAAUGGGUUUUCUGGGUAUGUCUUAAAGCCGGAAUUCCUCCGGGAUGAGCAAACCAAAUUCAAUCCAAAAUCCAUCACAGAAGGAACAUGGGGGACAAAGAAGAAGCUCCUGCUUAAAAUCAUCUCUGGCCAGCAGCUGCCCAAGGUGAACAAAAGCAAAAACUCCAUUGUUGAUCCUAAGGUGACGAUAGAGAUCCACGGUGUCCAACAGGACAACAACAAGAAGCAGACCAAAGUCAUUGAGAACAAUGGCUUUAACCCGAAAUGGGACGAAGAGUUUACGUUUGACAUAGAGAUCCCUGCACUCGCCCUGGUCCGGUUUGUGGUGGAAGACUUUGACAUGUCGACCAAGAACGACUUCAUCGGGCAGUACACCCUUCCCUUCACGAGCCUGAAGCAAGGUUAUCGCCACAUCCAUCUUCUAACCAAGAACGGAGACCCGUACUCCUCCUCCACCCUCUUUGUGUACAUCAAUAUCCAGGACUGUGAUUAGCAGUUCGGCUCCUUGAGGGCACAGUGAACCUCGUUACAGACCUGGAAGGAAUUCAGUGUGUGAACUCUGCCAAUGUCAGGGCCCUGUCAAUCCCCAGCACCUUCCCUGGAGCAGCACAAGGUGCUCCCUCGGACCCCGAUGUGAAACAGCGACCGACCUUCUCCCUUCUGCGUGCUGGAAACACCCCAAUGCUGCUGUUGACAUGAACCCUUUUUUGUACCUGUUCGACCAAUCCAGCCGUGUUUUUAGUUCACUCCCUUUAGAUUUUUUUUUUUUUUUUAACGUUGCUUUUAGCGAGAGAACAGAGACUCCCUUUUUUAGUGAAGUACAGCCCUUGGGUUGGGUUCAGUCAGACAUCUGGACAAAACACCCAACAUCUGUGCAAGAAGAAAACUCCACCUCAGCCCUGCAAUCCCUGGCCGGGUGCCAGGUGACUUCUUGCAGCUGCAGGUGUCAGCCAUCUUUCACCACACAGAGUCUUAAACGGGGACACAAUUCUCCCCCUUCCCUGUUACAGAUUAAAAAAAAGAAAGCUGCACUACAAAGGCCCGUGUUAUGUAACUCGGCUUUCCUUUUGUGCUGUAAUGAAAAAUACAUGAACACUACCCCAGCCUGCGUGCCUGGCUCCCAGCCAGGCCGCUUCGCCUUCAAAGCCCGGCUCUCACCCCGGGAAGGAGAAAGGAGCUGCUGAGUGGCACAGUUUCCCUCUAACCCAAAGUGAAACCCACUCAAAAGGGACCUCAGAGAACGCCUUUUGCCGGUGAGAAGUAGAAACACACUCGACUGACAGUAGUUUCUUUUUUUUUUUAAUGCGGUAAGACUUGGUGUUUUUGUAGAAAAAUGCCGUUUUUUAAACACAGAGGAAGUGGCAGUGGAUGCUGUAAAUGUUAGCCGGUCCCAGUUGCACUGUAGAGGUAACCCAGCACAAACACACAGGAGUGUUUUGAACAGCAGCUCAGUAUUUAUGGCAACGAGUGAUUUUUUUUUUUUUCCUUCCAGUAGAACUACAGAGUUAAGGGAAUAUUGUUGAUAGAAAAUAAUAUAUAUUUUGAAACGCCAACUAUGUUACAACUAACAAUCUGUUAGACUAUUAAAGGUUGAAAAAAUUUCUGGAAGAGUCCAAUUAGUUGUCACUAUUUGCCUCUUUGUCCUACUCGAAUGCAACACGCGUGAACUUGGAGAUAGACCUGCUUAAUUUUUUAAGUUACCAGACUUUCUGGGGUUUUCAGACCCUGCUGGUGGAGAGGACAGGCUGAUACCAAAGAUGCUGAUGUCUUUUUAAACACGCUCCAGUCAGCUUGUUUUUUGAGUCCAAAAGAGCCUGGAUUUAGUGAUCCUUGGGCCUGCUGUGAAGCUGGGUUUCUUUUACUCCUCUGUGGAGUUUGUUAUGCUUCGGUAAUCAUUGCUGGACACACUGAUUUUUCCUCUUCACUACAAUAUUGUGAGAUGUUGUAAACUGUUGCCAAAUUAAAUGUGAAUUAUAUCCA